AUGAAAAUAGUACGAAAAAGACAAAAGCCAGUUUAUAGCUCAAAUCUAACUCAUCUAGAAAUUUCAAACUACCAUCCACUUUCAGAUAAAAAAUUCAAUGGUAUUGCGCGUUUAUUCCCAAAUAUAGUCCAUUUAGAUUUAAAUUUUAGCACAGGAUUUAGCGAUAAAACAUUAAAUCGAGUAGCAGAGACAUACCCUAAUCUGAAGUAUCUCAAUUUGCAAAAGAGUAGGUACGAAUACUCUAAUGGUGGGAAAGUAACUGAUAAAGGUCUAUGUGCAAUUGCACGAUCAUGUCAUAAACUAGAAUAUCUAAAUAUUUCUUGUCAUACAGAGAUUAUUGGGAUAUCGAUUUGUGAUAUUAUCCAUUCUUGCCCAAGGCUUCAACAUCUUGAAUUUAGCUAUUGCAAAUUUACUAAUGAGAUUAUCAAAGAAAUUGCUAGUUCAUGUCUUAAUUUAAAGUAUCUCAAAUUGAAAGGGUGUGAUGUUAGCAAAGAAGCGCUCGUUUCACUUAAUCCAAAUUUUCAUGUUGAGAAUUUCGUGUGUACUAUAACACCACCCUCUCUUUGUGAAUAUCCCGGGAUGUAUGUAGUGUCAAGGAGACUGAGAAUGUCAGUUGAUGCACCAAGAGAUAUUAAGUCCAUACAUGAUUAUGUUAACGAUGAACUAAUGAGGAAUGGACAUUUUCUUGGACCGGAUUGGCCUGAUUAUUAUUCUGAUUUAGUAUUAGAAAUGCCAUGGUUUCAAGAAAAUGGUGCAACUUUGGAUAUAUGCAAUUCAAAACUAUUAUUAGAACGAUAA